GUCCGUGUGUCCUUCGUUGCAGCCUUCAUUAUCCCUCUCUUUCCGUAAAAUAUUUAAGGAAUCAUUUUGUAUAUCAAUAUUUUCAAGCCAUCGUGUUCUUUCGUAUCCUCUCUCAUAAUUUCUUGAUUUUUUCUGUGUUUUUGGCCUGGACCAGUAUAUUGAGCCCGGAAUCUUGUCCUAAAUUUUUGUAAUAUAAUGAAGUUAUUGAUGAUGAAGUACUAAGAUACCCAAGAACAACUUAGGCAUGUGACACGUGUACCUCCAUCUACAAUCCCAUCUUCGCCUUCAGCUUCUCUGUAAUGGCUAUCAUUUUCCACUCUUCGCUUCCCCCAAGUCCCCAUGCUCAAUCCCGCAUCCCCCUUUCAAGGAACGUUAGGAUCUUCAACUGUGUCUCUCUUGACCAAACAACCAGUGCUUCCUCCACCACUGCCUCUUCCGCGGCAACUGACAGCCUGCGGGUUGUAUUUGCUGCCGGGGGCACUGGUGGUCAUAUAUACCCAGCGUUGGCUAUAGCCGAUGCGCUCAAAUCGCUGAAUCCCAAAACCCAAUUUCUCUUUAUCGGAGCCCCCAAAGGAAUGGAGGCAAAGGCUGUGCCAUUUUCCGGCUACCCUUUUACCGCCAUCCCUGCGGCCCCUUUGGUCCGCCCUUUAUUCUCCCUCAACAAUUUUUUCAUCCUCCCUUUCGUAAUCACGAAAUCCACAUUUAAAAGCUAUAAAAUUCUCCAAGAAUUUAAUCCCCAUAUUGUCAUUGGCACUGGCGGCUUUGUUUCAUUCUCCACCUGCCUUGCUGCAGCCCUUAAAGGUGUUAAGCUCGUAAUCCAAGAGCAAAAUUCUGUGCCUGGGAUUGCAAAUUCCUUGCUUUCCUUAUUUGCUGAUAUAAUUUUUGUGGCUUUUGAUUCAACCGUGAAGUCUUUUCUGCGGAGGAGUAAGUGUGUGGUGUGUGGGAAUCCAGUGAGGUUGUCAUUGAUGAAACAAGUUUCUAAGACUGUGGCCAGGCAGCAAUUUUUCCCAAAUGUGGCUGCAAAAGAAGGGUUGGGGGAGGCCGUGGGGUUUGGGGAGGCGAAGGUCGUUUUGGUGCUUGGAGGGUCAUUAGGUGCCCAGACGAUCAAUUUCACACUGUUGAAUUCAUGUUAUCAGAUGCUAAACGAGUGUGAGGACUUGUUUAUUAUUUGGCAGACAGGUGUAGAAGCUUUUUCUGAGAUGGAAAGCCUAGCGAGGAACCAUCCCCGAGUGGUCCUUACUCCGUUCUUGCCUGCUUUGGAUUUGGCAUAUGCAGCAGCCGACCUUGUCGUUUCAAGAGCCGGUGCAAUGACAUGUUCUGAGAUCUUGGCCACUGGGAAACCUUGUAUUUUGAUACCAUCUCCUAAUGCUGCUGAGGGAUAUCAAUUCAAUAAUGCUUCUCUAAUGGCCGAUUUAGCUGGUUCAAGGGUAAUAAUGGAAGAUGAACUUGGCUCGACAACUCUUAGAAAUGCUAUUCAAGAAAUGUUAGCUCUGCAAGCAGAAACAGGACAGUUCUACUCUCUUACCAGAUUUGCGGGUGGAAGCUAUUACACUGCUGCACGAUAGAUAAAUGAAAAGAAACUGCAAUAGUUUUGGAGAGAGAUAAGCUUUUUUAAGUCCACAAAGACUUAAGACACCUUGUUUACUGUGUGGGGCCUAAUCAAACUGUACACUUUUCUGAUUGUCCUCCUUGAAUCCAAGGUGAAUAUUUUAGGUGUAUUCUGGGUUUAGAGGUAUAUAAGGUAUUUUACAUUUGUAAUGGGUCAUCCUAACACUCCUAUUAUCUAUGAAAGAUAUUUAGGUGGCUGUUUUAUGUGAGACACAAACUGAAAGGCAUAAGGAUCAACCUUGUGAUUUUCUUUGUAUCAAAAGCCUACAUAGGUGAAUGGUAGAUUUCACAUUAAGGGUGAAUUACUUUAAAUUUGUGUGGCUUGCUUGUUUUGUGAUUGCUUUUCUGAUUAUUAUUGCUGUAGAAAGUAGGAAGUAGGGUUUAAUCCAUAACAUUCCUACUAACAGAUUUCACUAGAAAAUGUGAAAGGAGAACAGAAAACCAAGGCUACCUUAGUGCCGUAAGAAGAAAAUUCCCUUGGUGGGUAUCUUAAAUCCGUUUAUACCCGAUGGCGCCCUUGUUGGUCCAUGUCACCUGGUUACGUUUGUUAUUCUUUUUUUUCCAUCUGCUUUGGCAGGAUAGGACUCAUUAAGUCUAUUGGUCCCUAUAGGAACUAUAAGUCCACUUGGAAUUUUAUUUCUACCUAGUCUGUAUUCAAGGAUUCUCCCUGAAUUUCUUUUUCUAAGAACGACAAAGGUAAGGGUAUGGUGCAAAUGGAGAUUAAGAACAAUGUCUGGUUGGUUCACAAAGCAAUAAUUGCUUGGUUAACCCUCAACCUCGCUGGAUAAUGCUAAUGACCAUUCUCUCAAAUCUAGUUAAGGAAUCUUUUUGAAACAAGUAAAUAGAACUAAUAUGAGGGAAGAUCACACUUGAGGCACUUAAUAAUUGUCAUGUAUUUCUAAAAGAUAUUGAAGGCAAAGAAAGUAACCAAUACCAUGACGAUGAAUAGGGGGUCCCACAUAAAAAUCUAACUAAUUGUAAACAAAAUAAUUAGCCAAAACUCUAGCAGGCUUAUCAAGAGCCUUAUUAGGAAUCCUGGUUUUCCUGUAUUACUUUGCUCUUCGUUUUCUUCAAACAGCUAUUGCGCGUAUUCUAUGCUUUGAAAGGGACCUAGCAGUCCUUGCAUGAUUAAAAUAAAAUAAAACAGUUUUCUGUUUGUGAUAGGUAAAGACAUAUUGAUUAAAAUAAAAUAAAAUAAAAUAGUUUCCUGUUUCUGAUAGGUAAAGACAUAUUUGUAUACGCUUGUAUACACGAAGAAACAUAAACACACACCACAUGCACAAAAUAACAUUUUUUAAAGCCAGAAAGCCAUUACAGAGAACUUUGCUAGGAUGUUUACUGUUCACAAGAAGCUGUGUAAAGGAUAAGAACAGGAAAUUGAAAGACAUAAAAUACUCAAAUAGUACCUGAGGUCUCACCUUCUGAUAAAUGAGCAUUUGGGUUCCCAACCUGGCAACCUUACAUUUCGGUAGCACUCGAGUCUCCAACAAUUUUUGACCAAAUUAAAAAAAAGUAACUUGUUGUACAUGUGACAUACUUUUGGAGGGGCAAAAUGGUAAUUUAGAAAAGAAAUAAGAAGCACGAAAAUGUAGGAAUAAAGGAUCAUCUUCUCUCCAUACCCCCUCCCUGGUGCCCGUCUUGGUACCCUGAGAGGGGAGGGGCAUUGGGAAGGGAACGAUGGAGUGGCAGACAGUGUGGGAGGAACUGAGGGGUGAGGAGCUAUAAUAUAGUUCUUUUAUAAUUUCCAGUGAUGUAUGUAACAUGCAAAACACUUGACUUUCUAGUGUUUUUUUUAUGGAAUUCGACAAUUUGUUAGUGGGGUCUGAAAGGUUGUGAACCAAAAUGCUCAUUUAUGCAAAGGUUGACCCACACAUGCUCUUUUUUGCAUGUGAUAGGCAAGAACAUAUUGCAUACACGGCCAUACAAAUAUACAAACAUACACUUGCAAACUGUUGUUAUACAAUAUAGCCAGGACAGUAAACUUGGCUAUGAUUCUGACUAUUCAUGAAGACCAUAUGUAGGAAACAAUGAAAAUUGAACAAAGUGCUACUAGUUUCCUUUUCCAAUAUUUACUCAGUUGAAAAUUCUUGUGUGUGUUUUUCGUUUCCUAAGAUUAAUAUUUAAAUGCAAAUUAUCAGUUUCCACCUUAAUAUGGACUCCAACUUUUCAGAAAACAGGGUUGCUGUGUAAGAUGUUCGCAAAUUCUAAAAAGCAACAUACACUUCAAUAACAUUACAUGCAUGUUUGGCGCGUGGUACUGAAUAGUAUAACGAACAAAAUUUUAAUUUCUAUUUCUUCCAUGAUACUGUCUAAUACUAUUAUAUCAUUUGUACCAAACAUGCUACAAAUGUUUAAUAUUCAUGAAAAUAUUUGUGAGUUGGCCCAGACUUCAGAUAGUGACCAAUGAGCACAAUUACUGGGGAACAUGUUGAGAUGGUUUAGAUACAUUUGAAGAAGGCGACUAGAGUCACCGAUUAGGAAAUAUGAUUGUGGUUAACCUUGAGGUCUAGGUCGUUUUAAAAUCACACAGACCGAGGUUAUUAAAAGAGAAUUUGGAUCCUUGUUGAUUUAACUUUGGAGAUGGCCAUUAUUGGAGUUGAUUGGAUUAAGAGGAUCCAUGUUGAACAUGGGGUAAGUAUGGGGUGAGGCUGAAUUGAAUUUAUGACUCACAAACUUAUUAGUUGGACAGAACAUGAUUAUCGAUUUUGCUCCAUCUAUUUAAACAUAAUGGGGAAGUUUUUAGUAGUAAUAAUUUUGCCCAUUCAAACAUGCCAUGAAAGUUUUAGAUUCUAUUAUGAUAAUCUUGCUUGUUGCAGCACUAAU